GUGAAAAAACAGACAACCUAGUUUGUGUGUUCACACGAACAGGACAUGUUAAAAGUUCCUCGCUUUGAGUUCUUUCAGUUCCUUAAGUAAUAAAUGGAAAGCAAAGUUAUAUUUGUCUUUCAUUUUUGCUGUAGAAAAAUUAUCAGAUCCGUGACUCAGUCGAACCGUGAGUUUCGUGAUCCGUUGCGCCCCUAAACCAAACCUAACAAGCUACCUAAGGGAACAAAUUGCAUACAUUACACCGUACGACACUGUGUAGCGAGGAAACUUUAUGUCUUUGCCAUUUCGACAUAGUUACGUUCGUGGAUUUUCAGCCUAGAGAAACUGUGCAGAGUACAUUAAUGCUUUGACUGCAAAGCAAGCUUCCGUCCUAUUUUAACAAUAAAUCUCGAGUUUGAAGGCGGGCAGCUUUUCGCUGGCCCUGUGGUGGAGAUACGUCCAUUUAGAGAGGCGCACCGCCAUACGUCACCCCCCAGUUCUGGGCCAGCAGUUUCAGGACGGAAGUUUAUAGGCGGGAACAACCCAGAGUCAAAGAUGGCGGAAUACACGAAACACCCAACGAUUCAGAGAGGACAGUCUCUACCGCAGUUGAGUCAGUGCUCAAAAUGUUGCAGCUGGUUUCACUGCCCAUUUUGCACUGCCAGUGUGUUUAAACCCACCAGAUUGGGCAAGUUGAAAAUGCAUUUGAAAAGUCAUUUUAACAAGGCUGUUCUUCAUGAAGGUUUCACCAUCCACAGAUGUGGUUUAGAUUGCCGGCCAACACUCCAUUAUCACUGCCUCUACUGUCAGUUUACAGUAUUAAGGAGAAGUGACUUUGCAAACCACUUGCUACUUUGCAAAGUCAAACAGCACAUAGUGCCAGGCAGUGAAGCCACACCUUUAACCCCGAAAACGCCCGCCAGUGCCACAUUCACUGUGCCACCAAUCACCAGUGUUUCUACAGCAAGGUUUUGUGGGCCUGCAGUUAUUAGAAAGAGGUGCCCUGUUUGCAAAGUGCUAAUGAACAAACGCAGCUUGAAAAAACAUAUUGACCGAAAACACACGGAUCAAAGAUUGCAAGACAUGAAUGUGAACGAGAAUCAAACGAAGAUGGAGCACAGUGAUAUCAUGGAUAUGGAAACUGAGGAGAAAAAUGAAUCUCCGGAACACUGGGGCAGCCAGUUGGACUCGGGUUCGGGACCCAGUUCCAUCAAUAGUCUUGGCAGUGUACUGGAAGAGCCCGCAGUGUCCUCCGCCGCCAUGGCUGCACCCUCCCCAGGCCUGUCCGACGGAGAGCACUCGUCCGCCUUCAGCCCUCCACCACUCAGCCCAAUCGUCAAGUCCUUCACUGGUAUUAUACCCCAGUGCGUCGGCUCCCCUCUGGACGACCCGGGAAAGACGAUGCAGUGGAGAGGCCGAGCGGACGCGGCCGAAGGCCCAAUAAUGAAAAGACUCAAAGACCUUAGUGAUGAAGCCGUGCCCGACGGCGCGCAUGCAGACGAGGAUCGCCGCUUCUUCUCUGCCAUGGCCGACUUGGUGAAAAGGUUACCACUGCGUAGGAGAGAUGUUGCUAAAUUCAAAACCUAUCAGAUGUUGUUCGACAUGGUGCAGCAGUAUGAGGAUGAGCAAGAAAGCUAAUGAUAUUUUCUAUCUCGCUAAUUUUAAUACUGUUUACUUAUGUUGAAUAAAAAAGACAGUUCAACUGUCUACCUGUAUUUACUGACGAUAGACAAAAUAGGCAGGUUUGGGCAGAAUACUAUGAAUAAAUGCUAUUGCCCUA